AUGGGAGAUAUCGAAACUGGUUCACCACUCCCUUCCGAGGUCCCUUCAACCUUAGCUACCGAAGGUGCCGAAGUGACUCCCAAAUCUACCUCGAAUGGUACGACGAAUGGUACCCACGUAGAAAAAGGGUUCAGUCCAAGAGAAUUUCUGAGUGAUAGAGCCAAAGUCACCCAAAUUGACGGUAUUAGAGGGUUGAUGGCUGUUGAAGGACCCGGUAUUGUCUCCGCCGGUCGACCCAACCCCACUACCUUCCCAUUCUCCUCUAUAACCCUCAACCUCAAAUCACCCCUGGCAGACGCUCAAGCAAAAGAAGAAAGUAUAACUAUCGAUACCGAAGAUUUGGAUAUCGCCUUGCAAUACUCGCCAUCGCCAGGUUUGGGUAAAUUGGUAGAUUGGGCUGUAGGAUUGCAGUCUCAAGUGCAUAAUCGACAGAGGGAUGGGAAAUGGACGGUCAGUUUCGGAAGUGGAAGUCAGGAUUUGAUGUCCAAGGCAUUCCACGCUUUGCUCAACCCUGGCGAUCCAGUCUUACUCGAAACUCCAAUUUAUGCGGGUGUCUUACCACCUUUGAGAAUCCUCAAUGCCGAGAUGAUAGAGGUCGAUGUCGACUCUCAGGGGCUGUCAGCUAAGAACCUCGAGAGGAUCUUAUCUACCUGGCCAGAGGGAAAAAAAAGGCCCAGGGUGUUAUAUACUUCACCUACUGGAUCUAACCCUUCUGGAUGUUCUGCGCCAAGAGAGAGGAAAUUGGAGGUAUUGGAAGUAUGCAAGAAGUACAAUGUUAUGAUUUUCGAGGAUGACCCAUAUUACUACCUUGCUACCGAGCUUAUCCCAAGUUAUUUUGAACUUGAAGCCGAAGUUUAUCCUGAAGGAGGCCACGUUAUCAGAUUCGAUUCUUUCUCCAAGCUUCUUUCGGCUGGUCUUCGAUUGGGUUUCGCAACUGGACCUAAAGAGAUUACCCAGGCCAUCGACGUUCUCACCGCCGGAGCUAACUUGCAUACUAGUGGUGUUUCCCAAGCUGUUACUUUAAGGUUGAUGCAACAUUGGGGUAUCGACGGAUUCCUCGCUCACGGUCGAUCCGUAGCUAAACUGUAUGCCGAACGAAGAGCAGAGUUCGAAGCUAUUGCGCACAAGUAUCUUGACGGACUGGCAACUUGGGUAUCACCCGUUGCGGGUAUGUUCCUAUGGGUGGACCUAUCACCAUCAGGUAUAAAGGAUAGUUACGAUUUAAUCAGACAUGAGGCUUUGGCGAAAGGUGUGCUAGGUGUACCUGGUAUGGCCUUUUACCCCUCUGGUAGAAAAUCGCCCAAUGUGAGAUUAUCAUUCUCGAUUGUUGAUCUUGAUCAAGAUACCGAAUUGGGUUUCGCAAGGUUGGCAGAGGCGAUCAAGGAUAAACAGAAAGCCUUGGGAUUGGCUUAG